AUGUCAGAGGAAAUUCAUCGUGUUAGUAAUUUUCCCUACGAUUGUCCGUUGAAAAAGAUAAACGCCUACUUUGAGGGUUUGGAUUGUUCCAUAUAUGAUAAGGAUUAUGUGGAAAAAGUCGAAUGUUGGUUGGCAACGGAUGUCAAGGGUCAAAACAUGAUGAAUGCAAUAAUUGUUUUAAAAAAAGACAUAUUGACUCUUAUAAAUCGAUAUCAAUUUCUGAUAGAAGUACAAAAUAAUAACAAUUCAUAUUUAUCGAUGGAAGUCGACAUUUGUAAGGCCUUGGGAACAUCAUUCAAAAAUCCCGUUACACGUAUGGUAUCCGAAGAAGCUCAUCGUAUUAGCAAUUUUCCAUAUGCUUGUCCAUUGAAGAAGGGUAUUCGUUAUGCUAUUAAUAAUUUCACCAUUAACUCCCGGCUUAUACCAACGUUUACGCCAGCUCUUAGAUGGAUUUCAAAUUCGGAAUUUUUUGUAGGUCAGAAACAUGUCUUGAGAUUUGAUGCUUUUGGUCGUGUUGAGCACAUGAAGAUGAAAGCAAACAAAAAAUCUUAA